CGCAGGCGUGGUUUCUGUUUCACUUGCCCCGCUUCCGCACCAUCUGCCGCUUGCGCAGUCGGUUCCUUGUGACGGAUGGCCUGGCCGAGUUAGGGCGCUACGCACUUCGCAGUUCUUACAGAGCCGCGCGCCGCCGGGUCAUUUCAACGAGGGCUGGUGGCCCUUCGGCCUGGCGGCGCGGAUCCGCCCUGGUUCUCGGACCAGGUCUGUAAACAGCAACAAUGUCGAUCUUCACCCCCACCAACCAGAUCCGCCUAACCAAUGUGGCUGUUGUACGGAUGAAGCGAGGCGGCAAGCGCUUCGAAAUCGCCUGCUACAAAAACAAGGUCGUCGGCUGGCGGAGUGGCGUGGAAAAAGACCUUGAUGAAGUCCUGCAGACGCACUCUGUGUUUGUAAAUGUUUCCAAAGGUCAGGUUGCAAAGAAGGAAGAUCUGGUCAGUGCAUUUGGAACAGAUGAUCAAACUGAAAUCUGUAAACAGAUUUUGACUAAAGGAGAGGUUCAAGUAUCAGAUAAAGAAAGGCACACACAGCUGGAGCAGAUGUUUAGGGACAUUGCAACUAUUGUAGCAGACAAGUGUGUGAACCCGGAAACAAAGAGACCAUACACUGUUAUCCUUAUUGAAAGAGCCAUGAAGGACAUCCACUAUUCAGUCAAAACCAACAAGAGUACAAAACAGCAGGCUUUGGAAGUGAUAAAACAGUUAAAGGAGAAAAUGAAGAUAGAACGUGCUCACAUGAGACUUCGGUUCAUUCUUCCAGUGAACGAAGGGAAGAAAUUGAAAGAAAAACUCAAACCACUGAUAAAGGUUAUAGAGAGUGAAGACUACAGCCAACAGUUGGAAAUUGUAUGUCUCAUUGACCCAGGCUGCUUCAGAGAAAUUGAUGAGCUAAUUAAAAAGGAAACAAAAGGCAAAGGUUCUUUGGAAGUACUCAACUUGAAAGAUGUGGAAGAAGGAGACGAGAAAUUUGAAUGACAUUCAUCAGUCUCUUCAGCUACAAAACACUAAAGCAUUUUCGUUUCCAACUGCAGUUUUAUUUCUGUAAUCUGCCAAAUACCUGUUCACACUAACAGAGAUGGGCAGUUUCUAUCUUUGUGUUAAGUGUAUAUCUGGAAAGACGUUCGUACGUGAGUAUGUGGGAGUGAUUUAAUUGUAAAUCGAGGUUUGGGGUAAAAAUGAAAGCUCCCAGAUAACAAGGCGCAGACAGCAUUAUGCUGUUGUCGUGCCCUUACUGCUUUCCAACAUGAGAGUGCAUUGAGGCAACAACUGUUGUAGAUAAAAGGUUAAAUUUUGUACUUUAGAGGAAGAUUAUUUGGAGGAUAUUAUCUUUAUGACAAAAAGAAUAAAUGCUGGGAAAGAAUACAUAAUGUCUUAUUUCUACAUGAUAAAAUUUGUGUAUGGGGUAACUAUUGUUUCCCGAUGUAAAGCUUGGUUGGUGACCCUCAUUAUCUGAAAAUGAAUAUAUAAUGUCCAUGCAGAACUUCAGUAAUUUUCAUUGAACAUGCUGCCAUAGCUAAACUCAUUCUUGGUUU